CUGGCGCUGCCUUGCACCGCGGUUCCUAGUUGGAGUCACCCCCAACUAGGGGUGGGCUUGAACUGAGCUUAUCACCACUGCCUUCUCCCAGAGGUAGCUGGCACAGGUACAGUAUUACCUAAGUCCUGAGGCUCGGGCUACGUACACUCCUCCCCCAAUCAGGGAGACCGUCCCACAGGCCCGGGUGGAGUUGAGAAAGCGCGAAAGCUGACUCGAACCACCGAAACUUCUGGGAAAUGUAGUCCACGAUCAGAAAAGCGGACGCCCGACCAAUAUCGACCGAUUCCGCCCGCUUCUGAGCCCGGGCUCGGUGGAGCCCAGGAGACCUCUGGGAAUGCUAACCAGCCGGCAGUGCGCAGGCGCAGGCUGUCUGGCUCGCCAUCGUCGUCUUUGUCUGCUGAAAAGGCCUGGGAAAUGUAUAAAUAAAGAUACAACAGGAAAGACCUUUGAGUUAAGUUGCAUCCUUCUUUGUGAAAAUACAGCUAAAGAAAAACUCAGAAAAUACAAUUAAAGAAAAGCUCAGACAACUUCAUAAAAUACAGCUAAAAAAAAACUCAGAAAAGUAUUUCCUCUGAGCACAGACAUUGAUUCUUUAAGACUACUACUCUAUGUAUGGGACUCAGUUUAAAAAUUUGGACGUAACUUACACUUAAAUAUGAGAGAAGCUAUCUAAGAAAAAAACAUUAAGAAUAUAAUGAGGAUGCUACAUUUCAUCCCAAUUUAUAAUCAUCUGACCUCAGGAUAACCAGUGUGAAAAGUCUUUUCAUCAUAAAUUCAACUUUGUUAGAUAUCUGAGAAUUAUUAUUGGAGAGAAACCAUCUGCAUAUGUUGAAUGUGGGAAAGCUUUCACCUAUGUCACAUGUCAAGAGAUACUAAGGAAUUCUUGUUGGAGAAAAUACCUGUGCAUGAUAAGAAUGCUGGAAAGCCUUCGGCCUGAAUCAGAUCUCCUUCAGCAUGAUCAAAUUCAUACUGGAGAGAAACUUUAUGAAUGUAAUGAGUGUGGAAAAACAUUUAGCCUGAAGCAAAACCUCACAGAGCAUAAGAAAAUGCAUACUGCAGAGAAAUCACAUAAAUGUACUGAAUGUGGUAAAGUGUUCUCUCGAGUCUCAUCCCUUACUCUACAUUUGAGAAGUCAUACAGGAAAGAAAUCAUAUCAAUGUAAUAAAUGUGGAAAAGCCUUUAGCCAGAAAGGAAACUUGCUUACUCACCAAAAACAUCAUACUGGAGAGAAACCUUAUGAAUGUGGGAAAGCUUCUAUUCAGAUGUCAAGCCUUAUUAAACACCAGAGAAAUCAUAUUGGAAACAAACCCUAUGCAUGUAAGGAAUGUGGCAAAGCCUUCAGUGGCAAAUCAUAUCUCUCCGAGCAUGAGAAAAUUCAUACAGGAGAGAAACCCUUUGAAUGUAACCAAUGUGGAAGAGCCUUCAGCCAGAAGCAGUACCUCGUCAAACAUCAGAAUAUCCAUAGUGGAAAGAAACCCUUUAAAUGUAAUGAGUGUGGAAAAGCCUUUAGCCAGAAAGAAAACCUCAUUAUCCAUCAAAGAAUUCAUACUGGAGAGAAACCUUAUGAAUGUAAAGGGUGUGGGAAAGCUUUCAUUCAGAAGUCAAGCCUCAUUAGACAUCAGAGAAGUCAUACAGGAGAGAAACCUUAUAUAUGUAAGGAAUGUGGAAAAGCCUUCAGUGGCAAGUCAAACCUCACUGAGCAUGAGAAAAUUCAUAUUGGAGAGAAACCCUAUAAGUGUAAUGAAUGUGGAACAAUCUUUAGGCAGAAGCAGUACCUCAUUAAACAUCACAAUAUUCAUACAGGAGAGAAACCCUAUGAAUGUAAUAAAUGUGGAAAAGCCUUCUCUCGAAUCACAUCACUUAUUGUACAUGUGAGAAUUCAUACAGGUGAUAAGCCUUAUGAAUGUAAAAUAUGUGGGAAAGCCUUCUGUCAAAGCUCAUCUCUUACUGUGCAUAUGAGAAGCCAUACAGGUGAGAAGCCCUAUGGUUGCAAUGAAUGUGGGAAAGCCUUCUCUCAGUUCUCAACUCUUGCUCUGCAUAUGAGAAUCCAUACUGGAGAAAAACCUUAUCAGUGUAAUGAAUGUGGGAAAGCUUUUAGCCAGAAGUCACAUCAUAUUAGACACCAGAGAAUUCAUACUCAUUAAAGCUCUAUGAAUGUCUUGAAUUUAGGAAAACCUUCAAUAGAAGUCAUACUAAACAGUAUAUCAGAAAAUUCAUUUUACAGUAAAGUGACAUAAAUAUGGAAAAGCCUACAGCAACAACUCAAAAUGUAAUACACUGAGAAUUUAAUAACUAUCAUACUAUCAUGAAAACCUAUACCCCCAAUAGCCCCACAACAAACAUGUUCAUGCUGGACUUUUAGGAGCAUUCUCAUUAAGGAUCCAGUCAUGGACACUAAUCCACAUGGUUCUAGAAGGCCUACCUGAUAUAUUCAGACAAAGAUAUGCAAGGUGUAAAGAUGUGAAACAAAGACAAAAUUGUCAUUUUUUUGUUACAUGUUUUACUACAUGUAUAACCAUCAAAAUUACUUGCUCUUGAUACAGUAAUAGAAAACAAAGACUGUGACAGGAUAUUAUAUCCAGAAAUAUAUGCAUGUUUGUAAGGGAAAUUGGCAGUUCAUAGAGGUGGUAAUCUCAAUUUGGUAGAAAAAUCUGGAUAAUUCAAAAAAUGGUCUCAGGGUAAUUGAUUCUUCAUGUGGAAAAAUACUAGAUCUUUGCUGUUGUCAUACAUUAUAAAGUAUUUAUUAAAAAAUUCAAAAGUAUUGAAGACUAGAACUCAAAGAGCAAAACUUAAUAAUAUAAGAGUUUUGUAGGAGAAUUUUUUUUUCAAACUUUGGAGUAGGAAAGAAUUUUGAAAACACAUUCCAGAAUACCUACUCUUGAGUAUAUAUACAUAUAGUGAAGAAAAUGAUCCAUGUACCCAGGGAGUCCUGUAUCUUUAAUGUUCAUUGCAGCAUGAGUUAUAUUAAUAUAGCAAAAAAUUGGAAACAAAUGUCUGUCACUUUGGAAAUGAUUGAUAAAAUGUGAUGUAGUCACCCUGUAGAAUACUCUCUAGCAGUUAAGUAUAACAAAUUAAAUCUAUAUGUAUUAACAGAAAGAUCUGAAAGUCAUGUAGAAUGAAAAUGAAGUGUUGAAUAUAUUAUAACUAUACCUGUGUGAGUUUGAAUUAAAUCAACACUAACCAACACUAGUAUUAAAGCAUUGGUUAUGGGUAAACAUUUUUAUGUAAAACUAUGAAGAAUGGAUUGGAAAGAUACACACUCAAUUCCUAAAAGUGGUUGUCUCUAGAAAGGAAGGGAGUAGAAGGGAAAUGGGGCCAAUCAUGGUGGAUGAAUGAUACUUCAGUUUUGUAUCUAAAUAUCUAUCUCAUUAAAAAAAUAAAGAUUCCAAAUAAAUAUGAGAAAACAUUAGUUGA